AUUACAAGCCAAAAAAAAAAGUCUCAUUAUUUAAAGCAAAUCACAUUUGUUGUUUCUAAACAUCGAUUGAAAGUUCAAUUUCCAUUCUGUUGAAUGCUCAACAUUCAUUUCGUUAACAAAUGGCUUCCAUGGCAGUGGAGGCAGCUAUGGCUGUACAUCUACUAGGACAACAGAGAAGAUCAAAUCUUCGCCUCUGCAACAUCAAGACCAGCAGACUUAAUGUCAGCCAUGCAUCUCUUGCAAAUCCAACAACUUCAUCACCUUCGUUGGGGUUGAGCGUAGUAGAUAUAAAGGAGAGGUGCCAGAAGUGGGAAUGGAAGGGUCGCCAUUCCAUCCAUUACUUUGCUUCAGUUACUGAUUCCAAUAGUACUAAGCCUCCUCUUCUUCUUGUUCAUGGCUUUGGUGCUUCAAUUCUGCACUGGCGCAGGAAUAUUGGCACUCUAGCCCAACAUUACAACGUCUAUGCAAUUGACCUUAUUGGGUUUGGUGCUUCAGAUAAACCACAAGGUUUUUCAUAUACAAUGGAAACAUGGGCUCAGUUAAUACUGGACUUCAUAAAUGAAGUUGUUCAGAAUCCAACUGUGCUGGUAGGGAACUCUGUGGGAAGUCUAGCUUGUGUGAUUGCUGCAUCAGACUUCUUGCCAAAAGAAUCUACUCAAGCUCUGGUUUGUGGGCUUGUACUCUUAAACUGCUCCGGUGGCAUGAACAACAAGGCCAUUGUGGAUGACUGGAGGAUCAGAUUGUUGUUACCCCUGUUCUGGUUAAUUGACUUUCUAUUGAACCAACGGGUAAUCGCUUCAGCGAUCUUUGAAUCCAUCAAGAAGAGAGACACUAUAAGGAAUAUUUUGCUCUCUGUUUAUGGAAACAAGGAUGCAGUCGAUGAAGAAUUGGUGGAGAUAAUUUGUGAACCUACAUUCGAUGAAGGGGCGCUUGAUGCUUUUGUUUCGAUCGUGACAGGCCCGCCAGGGCCAAACCCAGUGCAAUUGAUGCCCAGGAUUCCCUCACCUGUUCUAGUUUUAUGGGGCAAUCAAGACCCUUUCACUCCUCUUGAUGGUCCUGUUGGUAGAUACUUCUCUUCCAUGCCUUCGGAGCGAGCAAACGUGAGUCUGUACGUAUUGGAAGGGGUCGGACACUGCCCUCAUGACGACAAACCUGAUUUGGUCCAUGAGAAGUUGCUUCCCUGGCUGGAUCAGCUUGCUGCUUCGCAAGAAGAGAAUAUAGUAUAGCAUCUUAGAGAAGCUUAUUCUAAUUGUCAUCUUGACAAUUCAUCUAUGAAACAGAAAUUCUUAUAAAAUGUUGCACAAAAUGCUAUUGUUUCCAAACUGUAACGAAUC